CCUGCAGAGCUAAAGUUGUGAACUUUCUUAGAAAGGCCUUUCCAACAAUAGCUGAUGCAGAGGAAGAAUUUGCCAUCAAUUAUGAAAACAAAUGCCACAAUGACUCCGGGAUUCUGGAUAUUCCUCCAACACCUGCCUCUGCCUUCAGUCUGGAGAAAUUUCAGCACUGCUAUUUGUCAAAAUUUACAGAGGAAGAGGCAAUAUCCUUAUGGAAAAGACUCGGCAAAGAUGUCCCAAUGCAUGUUCAUCUUCAGUCUGCACAAGAGAACAUUCCUGAAGAUGAACUUGUGAAGAUCACCAGUAAUGCCUCAUUUAAGUGUCUCGAAGAGUUUAUUUCAAGAAGUUUUUCCAGACUGACGUUAGACAGACAGAAAAAUUGUCUCAAUAAACUGUUCAUCACUGCAGCAAAGCGUGAAAGUGUGACUCAUGUUGAAACUUUCCCAAGCUUAGCCAUGGAAGCAAUGAAGAUGCUGAAGGAAAAGGGGAAAUCAAAUGUCUUGAGGGAUUUUGCCAGGUGUUUAGGCCUUAAAAGACCAGAAUCAAAUGAGCCACUUAUGCCAGUUGACAGAAUGCCUUUUGGGUUGAUCCAGCACCAGAUCCAGUUCUUUUGUGCUAGUGAUGUAAGACAGAUUUCAAUACCUUAAGAUUAUUACCAGUGGCUGGAGACAUUGGAUGCAGAGUUUGAUGACAGGCUUGGCCGAGUAUUGAGGGGACCAAUGUGGAGUGGCCAGUCCUCGGAUUGUGUUGGUGACCCAUUAAAGGCUCGAGUCAACUUAGCAGCUGUCAGCAAAUCCACAAUUAACAGACGAACAGCUUCCUCUGACUUUACCGACACUCCUUCAAUACAGACUCCAGCUAUCAAUGUACUGAAGGAAACCAAUCCUGGAGGUCGUUAUUGGAUCAAGCUUGAUGGUACCGAUGUCAAGGAGGGGCUGCAACACUCCAUGAAAGAGAAAUGGGAUGGUGAUGUUGACAUGCUAGAUGGACAGCUCAGCAAGUUGCAAGAGGAAUAUAGAUUGAGAUUAAAGUCGGUGGCCCUCUCAGACUAUACUGACUGUGCGAUUCCUCUUGAGGAGAUACUGUCUGAUCUGAGUUGUGACAAGACUUUCCUGGAGAAAAUAUUCACGGAGGCAAGCAGAAACCUUAGGAGUAAAAUUUCACAGGAAAAUACCAGCGCUGAAACUCUUAAGACACUCAACUGGGAUGUAGUGGAGUGUAAUACCCUUCUACAACAGUGUCAAGGUUUUGUAGACAAGUUUGACAACGCAGAAGAUAUACCUGCACUAUUGAAGUGUCUGACCGAUGACCUCCAUUUAUAUUUCAAAAACCUCUACAAGAAAAAGAGAACAGCAGUAAUCAUGUAG